AUGGGGGGCAAAUCUACGACCAAGGCCGCUUACUUCGAUAAGCUCAAGGGCCUCCUCGACGAGUACAAGACCAUCUUCAUUGUCGCCGUCGACAAUGUCAGCUCUCAGCAGAUGCACGAGAUUCGUUUGAGUCUCCGUGGUGAGGGUGUUGUCCUCAUGGGCAAGAACACCAUGGUUCGUCGUGCUCUCAAGGGAUUCAUCGCCGAGAACCCUGAAUUCGAGCGUCUCCUGCCUCACGUUAAGGGCAACGUUGGUUUCAUCUUUACCAACGCUGACAUGAAGGGUGUCCGUACCAAGAUUCUCUCCAACCGUGUCGCUGCUCCUGCUCGUGCUGGUGCUGUUGCCCCUGCCGAUGUCUUCGUUCCUGCUGGUAACACCGGUAUGGAACCCGGUAAGACUUCUUUCUUCCAGGCUCUUGGUAUCCCAACCAAGAUUGCUCGUGGUACCAUCGAAAUUACCAGCGACCUCAAGCUUGUUGAGGCUGGUGCUAAGGUUGGUGCCUCCGAGGCUACUCUUCUUAACAUGUUGAACAUCUCUCCCUUCACCUACGGUAUGUCCAUCACUCAGAUCUACGAUGAUGGCCAGACCUUCGGUGCCGAGGUGUUGGACAUUGAGGAUGAGCAGCUCCUGAAGGCUCUCAGCUCCGCCAUCACCACCAUUGCCACCAUCUCUUUGGCUACCUCUUACCCCACCUUGGCUUCCGUCAUGCACUCUGUCGUCAACAGCUACAAGAACGUCUUGUCUGUUGCCAUUGAGACCGAGUACAGCUGGCCUGAGAUUGAGGAGCUCAAGGACCGCAUUGCCAAUCCUGAAGCUUACGCUGCUGCCGCUCCUGUUGCUGCCGCUGCUGCUACUGGUGGCGACGAGCCUGCUGCUGCUGAGGAGAAGGAAGAGGAGGAAGAGGAGAGCGGUGAUGAAGGAUUCGGUGGUCUGUUCGACUAA